AUGCACGCCACCAAGUUUGACGCGCCGACUUCCCCUAGUGUAAAUAAGGCAUUUGUUUUAGUUGUUGUCGUUGUUGUUGGUUUCAGGGUGGGUUUUAUUGGUGUUACCAUAAGAACAUUUAUUCAUAGGUUAACUUGUUUGGCUACUUUGGUGACUAGUCAGAGAAUGUCCAGGCCUCUGCAAAGAGGUGUGUCUGGUGGGGUUAGGGUCCCUGAGAGUGGCCAUGACUUGUGGGACUCCCAAUCUAAAGAUAAAACAGAAAAGGAAGAUUUAGAUAAGAGGGGUUCUUCAGAUCAUAGCCCUUUUGCUUUGAGGUUUCCUUUGAGGUUGAUUUUGGGAAAUAAUUCUGAUUCCAAAUGUGGCAAUGGCAUAGGUGAGAAUGGUUUUGCAUCAGAUUCCUUCAUUGUUAGCUCCCCGCGAAGCCGGCUUAAGCUGAUGCUGCUUUCUUUGAAGUUUAGUUUAGUGUUCAUUGUUUUUCUGGCUCUUACUGGAUCUUUCUGGUGGACUUUAUCGAUUUCAUCCUCGUCAAGAGGUCACAUUUACCAUGGUUAUAGAAGGCUUCAAGAGAAGCUUGUCUCAGACCUUUUGGACAUUGGUGAGUUUUCUCGCGGUCCGUUGAGGUUGAAGGAAUCGGAAUUCUGUUCUCAGGAUUCGGAAAACUUUGUUCCUUGCUACAAUGUUUCUGAGAAUGUGGAAUUGGAAGUUUCUGAUGGCAGUGAAGUUGACAGGCAAUGCGGUCGUGAGCUUAGGCAGAACUGUUUAGUUCUGCCACCAGUGAAUUACAAAAUUCCUCUAAGAUGGCCUACUGGAAAAGAUGUUAUCUGGGUUGCUAAUGUGAAGAUAACAGCACAGGAGGUUCUUUCUUCUGGAAGCUUGACAAAGAGAAUGAUGAUGCUGGAUGAAGAGCAAAUUUCAUUUCGUUCAGCCUCUCACAUGUUUGAUGGUGUUGAAGACUACUCACAUCAAAUUGCUGAAAUGAUUGGACUUAGAAAUGAAUCUUAUUUCAUACAAGCCGGGGUUCGAACUAUAUUAGACAUAGGUUGCGGCUAUGGAAGCUUUGGAGCACAUCUCUUUGACAGUCAGCUCUUAACUAUGUGCAUUGCAAACUAUGAACCUUCUGGCAGUCAAGUUCAACUCACACUCGAGAGGGGUCUUCCUGCUAUGAUUGCUUCUUUCACUUCGAAGCAGUUGCCAUUUCCAUCUCUAUCCUUUGAUAUGUUACAUUGUGCCAGAUGUGGCAUUGAUUGGGACCAGAAAGAUGGCGUUCUCUUGAUUGAAGCGGAUAGACUUUUAAAACCGGGUGGAUACUUUGUUUGGACAUCACCACUAACAAAUGCUCGUAACAAAGAGAAUCAGAAAAGAUGGAAGUUUAUACAUGAUUUUACGUUAACUCUUUGCUGGGAACUGCUGUCACAACAAGAUGAAACUGUUGUAUGGAAGAAAACUGCUAAAAAAAGUUGCUAUGCUUCAAGAAAGUCAGGUUCUGGCCCUUCUUUGUGUGGUAGAGGUAUUGACGUGGAGACUCCAUUUUAUCGAGAACUGCAAAACUGCAUAGGAGGAAUGCAGAGCGCCCGAUGGGUUCCAAUUGAAGAAAGGGAAAGAUGGCCUUACCGUUCUAACUUGAACAAAAACGAGUUGGCUAUCUACGGCUUGCAGCCAGAUGAGCUUACCGAGGACUCUGACAGCUGGAAAACAGCAGUCCAGAAUUAUUGGUCACUCCUGUCACCUUUAAUAUUUUCGGAUCAUCCGAAGAGGCCUGGUGAUGAGGACCCUUCACCCCCUUACAACAUGCUCAGAAAUGUGCUAGACAUGAAUGCUCAUUUUGGUGGCUUUAAUUCUGCAUUGUUGCAAGCUAGAAAGUCUGUGUGGGUGAUGAAUGUUUUCCCAAUAAGUGGACCCAAUUAUCUUCCCUUGAUCCAGGACAGAGGAUUUGUUGGUGUUCUCCAUGACUGGUGCGAGGCUUUUCCAACAUACCCUAGAACCUAUGACUUGGUGCAUGCAGCAGGAUUUUUAUCCCUUCAAACUGAGCAGCACAGAUGCACUAUGCUUGACGUGUUCCUUGAAAUUGACAGGAUACUUCGCCCAGAGGGUUGGGUUAUAAUUCGCGACAUAGUUCCCAUAAUAGAAUCAGCUAGAACUCUAACAGCACAGCUAAAGUGGGAUGCAAGAGUGAUAGAAAUUGAAAAUGACAGUGAUCAGAGACUCCUGAUCUGCCAGAAACCUUUCUUUAAGAGACAAGCAAGCUAA